AUGCGGUGGUGCGAGCUACGAGUUAACCAGGUCUCAUUAGCCACCCAGAACUAUACUUGGACAGCAUGUGGGCUUCCAGAAGUCAAUGGUUGUGUUUCAAUACAAGUCCCUACCUUAGCGGUCUUCUUCGUGCUGGCUUCUCUGCCAAUCUUUAUGCGAGUGGCUGUCAAGGUUGCAGGUGUCUCUGCGUGGGGACCUGGUGAUUGGAUGAGCCUGGCAACAUAUGUGAACAUUUCUCCUCUCUUCGUACCGAUGAAUGUGUGCGAGGGCAGGAACGGCGCUGGACAAAACAUGUGGUCGUUGACUGCCGAUCAAAUGACCAACUACUUCAAAGCAUCCGUCCUCUUCCUCUAUCAGCGUAUAUUCCCUUUUGAGCGGCUGAGCAUCGCACUCUGGGCAACGCAAGCAUUCAACUUGAUCAUUCGUGUGAUAUUCUUCUUCCUCGGCAUCUUUCAAUGUACCCCCGUUCACCUUGCUUGGAUGAUUCGGAGACAAGACUCUCAAAGCGAGGGGAAAUGUAUGGACAUCGUCGACAUCGGAAUAGCUAUGGUGCCAUUCGAGUUGGACUAG